AUGAUCAAUAAAGACUGAAGAAGCCUACUGUGCUCUUUAAUUUCAAUGAUUUAUGAAGGAGAAUCUGACAUUGAAAUAUGCAGAGAGUUUCUUUGCAAAGAUCGAAAUUUCAAUCCUUAUAAUCUCCUUGGCAUGAUUCCACAAAGUUCUGGAGUAAUCACUCCAAAUGAUUUUUAUCAUUGUAAUUUGAUAAAAGAUCUCAAAGCUACUUUUGAUGAUUUUUAUAUGCUGAUAAAACAAUAUAGCUCUGGAGCCAAUUCUUAUCUAACUUCAAAAGAUUUCCUGAAAUUAAUUAUGCCUGCAACUAAUGAAAAACUGAAAAAAAAUUGUUUAAAUCAAAAACUCAGCUAUUCUUAUAAACUAGAUAAGCAUACAAGUUUUGGGUUUCAAACUUUGAUUAGAAAAGAAAUUGAUCUGCAUAGAAAAAUCGAAAAAAUCAAAAUGGAAUUAGAAAAUUUAUCUGAUUUUUCAGUUCGUGUCGCAUUUUUAACUAUAGAUAAAGAAAACAAAGGAUUUAUUGAUUCAGCUGACUUAUUUAGAUUUUUAAAAAGCGAUGGAACAAUAAUUAACAGCAAUAGUUUUGAGGAUUUUUUUCGUAGGAUUAAAAGAGAAAAAGCUAGACGUAUUAGUCUCGAAAAAUUUUAUGAAAUGCUGACACCUUAUAAAUCAAAUAAUGAAAUUGGGUUAAAUACUGAAAAUUCUGAAAAAUUGAAAAUAAAUGCGCAAGAAACUCUCUCAACUGGAGAAGAAUAUACUGGGAUUCAAGAAAGCUCAUUAAAAGCUGAAGAAAUCUUUCAGGAAGAUCUAAAUAGCAUUAAUGAAGAAGUAAAAGACGAAAGCUUAGAAAAUGAUCAAGAAUUGCUCGAAUUUAACCAAAAAGUAUUGAAUUAUUUUUUUUUGCAGUUAAAUUUAGAAAUGAAGAUCGAAAAUUAUAGAGAAUCUUUAUUUAUGUUCAAAGAGUUUUCAAUUGAUUUUUUAUUUAAAGUGCUAGACAAAUAUGAAGAGCUUGAAAUUAGUAUAGAAGAGUUUGAUAGUUUUUUAAAAGAACUAAAUAUUGAUGCAGAAAAAGAUGAUUUAGUAAGAAUUUUCAAGAAAUUUGGGAAUGAUAAUAUAAAGCUAGAAGAAGAAGGGUUAGAUAAUUUACUAACUUCCCCCCCCUCCGUGAGUGAAAAAAAAAAUUUUGUUCACUCACGGAGGGGGGUUAAUUUUUUUUUUUUAAUAAAAUUUAUAUAUAAAUUUUUUAAGAAAUAUUUUUUUUCGAAAUUUAAAAAAUCCUGAUUCGCAAAAAUUGGAAAGCAAAUAUUAGUUUAAUUUAUAAAAAUUUAUGUUUUAAAAAGCAAUUCGUUUAAAAUUAAAUAGAAUUAGCUCUAGAUUUCAUUAUAUUAAUUAUCAUUUAUAUAUCAAAUUUUUUUUCCAUAAAAAAUUUUUCUAUUACAAAAUUUUUUGUUAACUCACGGAGGGGGUGGGUUUUUGGGCAAAAAAUAGCGAUUUUUCUAAUGGUUUUGUUCACUCACGGAGGGGGGGGGGGAGUAAGACCAUUAAAUGAUGAGUAUGAACAAAGUUAUAGGAUAAAUAGUGAACUUGGGUUUAGUCCUUUGUGUAUAGAAAUAUUAUCAAACGUUUUUAAAUUGAUAAUCGAAAGUGAAAAGAAAAUCGCUGAAGAAGGCAUGGAACUGGCGAAAUUUCCUGAAACUUAUUUUAAGAGCUCUUUUAAAGCUAUUGAUAGCAAUUCCGAUGGAAUAAUAUCAAUUUAUGAUAUGAAAAUUGCUUUGGAUAAAUUUGGAAUAUAUUCUACAAAUAAAGAAAUAGAGUUGGUGAUGAAGAGAUACAGAAUAUAUAUGGAAAAUGGUAUCAGCUAUGAAGCUUUUUAUCAGUCAAUUGCAUAUGACUAA